CAUACGUUUAAAGACUAUCUUUGUUGGGUCGCGAAAACUGGUAAUAAUUGAAUUGAACAGAUAUUGCAAAGUUUAAGAUGAUUUCAGUGAUGAAUGAGAAGUAAAGAUGUGUGAAGUUGAUAACAAGCUCUUAGAGUAUGUGUUUAGCAAAGAUCAAACUAUUUUGGAAGAAUUAAAAACUCACAGAAGUGGAGAUGUGCACAGGCUGUUGAGGAGGCUUGAUGCUGUAAGAAAGGAUAGUUUGAAAAAUGUUGGUACCUGGACCAUUCCUCAAGUACACACGUUACUUAAUGCUCUUGUGAAAUGUUACCUUGAUACUGCAGACUCCAUCAAGUUAUCAAGAGCUGUUGAAAAACUAUGGCAACCAUUCCUGGAAGGUCAUCAGGAAUACUUAGACCAUUGUUUAGAAGAUUGUGUAUUGUUGGUUAUCAACACUUCAGGGGUUGACAGUCUACAGAUAGCAAAAGUUUCUGUUUUAUUGGAACAAAACAAAGUGGUCCAGGAAAUAUUUAGAGAAAACUUGACAAAAGUAACAUCAUGGCUGUCAUCAGAGUUGUCUCCCUUGCUGAAACCACCUCCAGACAGUUUAACUCCAAGCCAGUCUCAGUGUCUACAUGCCCUAGUAAAGAUCUGUCUACAGUUGUUUCAAGUAUGUACAGAGGAAUUUGGUGUACAGAUUUGGGAAAUGGGUGAUCAACAGUCACAGAUGAAUCAGUGUGUGUUGGCAGUUGUUAAAAGUCUUGUCUAUAUACUUCAAACUCAGGGUUAUCACACAGACUGUGUGUUGUUGUCUGGUACUGCAACAGCUCUCAUGUUCAACAGCUGUAUGAUCACAGAGAAUGCUGUGAAAUCAUUCUCUAUGCUUCUAUAUCAAGUCCUUAAUGCAGAUUCAGCUUGCACAGUAGAAUUUCUUAAACAAGAAAAUUGUCUAGAUGCUGAUCAACAACAGUGUGUGUAUGACAUUCUCAGCUCACUUACCCAUGCUAAACUUGGACCUGUUUCCCUUAUCCGAGGAAUGGUAGCAUGUGGAAGGACGGACAUUUUGUUUGCUGAUUCUCAAGCUUGUGCUGGAGAUACAAAGAUGUUAUUUAAACAGCUGUAUCAGUAUAUUUCUAUUCUAUGCAAGGGAGAUAUCACACUUCAUUACCAAGCUUUCCAGAUUCUCUUACUGUGGUAUGCAAAGUUGACUAAAUCUCCCUCUAGUGUGGAGAGCAGUAGUUUAACCUCCAUUCUAGAGAGUACUUUAGAUUUAGUAGUACUGAACUGGGACAGUCCAGUUGAAGAUGUUCCUGAGGCAGUGGUGGAUAUAUUUGCAUGUAUGAUGACAGCUUGGCUGAAAGUGAAAGAUGAUAUGCCGGAUUUUCCCAGCAAGAUUUUAGACAAUUUGUUGAGAACUCAGUGGUAUGUGAAAGGAAGAUACAGAAUUUUGGCAGUUCUACUCAAUUACUUAGAUCCAGUUAAAAUACUGAACACUGAUGGAACAGAACAGUGGAAGGCUUCAUGGUUGGCCACUUUGACAGAAGGCCUUGUCAGUGACAAUAGUUUAGUCAGGUACAAUACUAGUCUCCAUUGGAUACCUGUGACCUUUAAACUGUUACCAGACACGUCUGAUGCUGUCCAAGAUCACCUUUCUUCUGCAAUGAAAGAUCCCAAAUACCCUGUAGAUAGAGUUAGACUGCUCCAUGCAUGGAUCAUUGUGGCCAAAACUGUCAGAACACAAACUGGUAACACAAAUCUUGAACAUAUAAAUAUACAAGAGGCCCUGUGCUGUGCUGAUGAGGAUGUGAGAUCAGAUGCCAUUUCCUUAGUUUGCACAACUCUGAAAAAAGCUGAAUGUAUAUCUAAGGUUGAGGUUUCAUUACUGAUGGAGUGUAUACCAUACAAUAUUAAGCUAGACUCUGCACCAUUUAGACAACAUCUUGGCUCAGACAUCAGGAAAUUGUUGGUACGACUUAGAGAUAGCUGUACAACAUUACUGAAAUCACCAACACAAAAUAAAGAGAAACUAGACUGUGCUCUAGAUUUUGUAGACUGGUUACACCAACUAUGUAUACAGUUUUUAUUGCCGGGUGCUAGUUAUCAAAGAAGGAAAGGCAGUCUAGAUUUACUGCAUGUUAUUUAUGAAAGUUUGAUAUACAGUGAGGGUAGCAAGCAAAGGAAAGGAUUUGUACCAGAAAGUGCAAUGAACCUUGUGAAGUUUGCUCAGUCCAGUGAAAGAUGGGAUUUCUUCAACAAAAUGAACACCCAGGCUCUCAUCUUAUGUCUAUUGGAUGGUGCUGAGGAGAUUCAGAUGUCUUCAUAUAUGCUGCUUACUAGAUAUUAUACUAUGACAAUUGAUGAAAAUGUGAAAACCCCACAGAGCUUGUGCUGCCAUCUACUGGGUGAAUCUCUCAGACUGUGUAACAGUCCAAAAGGCCAUGAAGGUCAAAGUGGUGCAAUAUUGUGUAAACUAGUCUUUCAAAAGUAUGUAGCAGAUUCAAAGAUGAAAUUCAGUAUAGAUAAGAAUUCUAAAUGUAAUUCAACAGAUGUUCAUGUGUCUGUUACCCAGGAUGCAUCAGUCAACAGUGCUGUGGUGUUUAUAGAAAUGUUGUUGUCUGAAGCAAAGAGAUUUAUGUUAGAGGCUGAGAAAGACCUUGUCAAAGCCUCAAAACAAUACCCAAUGCAUGGUCUAAUAUCAGCAAUAACUCAAUGUCUGACAGGAACAGAUGACCUUUGGUUGACAUCAGCUGAUGAUUUAGUGGGUGUGUGUGAGCAGUUAGUAGAAUUUUGUCAACAGAUUAUAGAAAAGAUGCUGAACAUAAUGGCUGGGGUAGCUGGCCAAGAAGCCUGUCCAUCAUUUGCAGAGAUAGGUAUGGCAUUAGAGAAUCUUCUGUCAGAGAAUCAGACUGACUAUGAGGAGACGACAUCACUCUCACCGGAAUAUCAGUACAUGUUGUCAUGGUGCUGGAAUAAUAUCAAGGAAAGCUGUACAAGUCUUGGGGAGGUUACCCGGGUAACCAUUUCGUCAAAACAACCAAUGUCUGUGUCCACCAUCCACUCCAUCAGUACUACUUUCCACACUGUGCUUACCAAAUGUAGGCAUAAGGGUGUAAUAGAAGGAUGCAGAAGUGCCUAUGUCAAGUUCUGUUCUGCUCUGUUCCUUAGCAACCAACAGGAAGUGCUUUCUAUCCCAGAUAAUGCAUUAACAGAGGUGUUAUCUUGUCUGAAGAAGAAGAGAAUAUCAAGCUCUGUAACACGAAGAUCAGCUGGUUUACCUAUCAUCAUACAAGCUGUUCUAGUCAGUGAGAAAAAAAUGAAAAAGUCAUUUCUGUUGUGUGAAGCUGUGAAGAGUUUGUUUGAGAUAUGUGAAAUGCCACUAGAUAAAGAUCAUGGGCUGACAGACCUUCCUCAAGUUCAUGGAUUAAAUAUUCUAAACUCAUUGUUCAGUGAUGCAAGCCUUACAGCGAGUCUGAUCGGUCACACCAGUCAUGCUGUGAUCUUGGUCAUUCAGCAGUUUGGUUCACCAUCAUGGGCAGUACGUAAUGCAGCUACGAGAUUUUUCAGCACUCUAGUGACAAGGAUAUUUGGUCAGAAGAAAAGCCAUGGUGACAAGUUCUGCAACUCUGUCACAUUUAAGGAAUUCAGUUCCUACUAUCCAGAUUUACCUGCCUUUAUGUUGAAGAUAUUAGAUGAAGCAUCAAAGGGUGAUAUUAUGGAUAUUAGCCAGAUUCAUGCAGGACUAUUUCCUGUAUUGACUAUCCUCUCCUGUCUUAAACCAAUGGAAGCACCAGAUCAAGAUAUAAUAAGUCAGCUUCAACAGUUCUCUUCUCUUAUGCAGCCGUUUACAGGAAGUCCUGUGUAUCAGCUACGCCACCUGGUGGCAUCAGCUUUGGUUGCUAUGAUACCAGUACAGGAAAUGACAUCAUCAGUGAUAUCAUGUUUGAAUAAUCAUGUAACUCCAAUGCAGUCAUCCAGCAGCAUUUGUAACAACAGUCUUCAUGGGCAUCUGUUAUAUAUACUUGGACUGUUAGACUUUAUUGAAAGAUAUGAAGAUCAGGAGGGUCUUUGGAAUGCACUCACUAGAGAAUAUUGGUUGAUAUCUGUCAAUAACGGGAUGAUAUCCUCUGUUUAUGUGAAGAUUUUACAUCAGUUAUUGCUGGCAUGUCCAUCUGUCACAUGUGAUGAAAUUCUAGAGUUUGUCAUAGUAGAGCAUUGUACAAGGGGAAGUAAACAGAUGAUAGGUAACAGUGUAUAUUGUGAAGCAGCUGUAGAGUUCCUGUUUGAGAGUUACAACAGGAAUGGUUUAUGUAUGUAUGGUCUAGUGGAUAAACUGCUCACCUUCAACAAUAUGGAAGCUAGAAAAUCCUGUCUGGAAAAGUUACCCAAGUUCUUACAGAAACCUGGAAAGAACCACACAUACAAUAAGAUGGCAGUUAUGGCAAUACUAUGUAACAGUGUGAAGAAGGAGAGUGAACUGUUUGUCUGUACAGUGUUAAACUUGAUCACAGACUUGUAUCAGGAUAUUGGAACUAUACAUAAAGAUGAUCUACAAAACUUGCUAGACUGGUUCUCGGGUGUAGACAAGAAAGAGUUCAAACAUAGAGAAUCUAUGCUAGUUUCUGUGGUACCAGUCCAGGCAAUUCUCAUCAAACAUAGUACAGACACAGGAAGUGAAAACGACAGAUUGGGUGUACCUGAUUUAGGUGUAUUUUGUGAAGCUGUAAAUAAAUUCAGCAGUGCUGUAAACGAAACUCAGAGAUUGUCAGCAGUAAGGGCUUUACAGAUAGUUGGUAAACAUUUACUGAAUCUAGCUUCAACACUCACCUGUUCAGAUUGGCUGAUAAGUUUGUUUGAAGCCAUUUUGACAUUGGUUCAGGAUGAAGAUACGGACAUACGCUUUGAAACAUGUAAAUUUGUCUCUAGUCUUAAUUGGGAAGAAAAACCUUCAAAGUUUUCAAGCUACCACAGCAAUAUAUGUUUUGAGUUAUUUCUGCAAUAUUUAUGUGAUAAUUUCUGGCAAAGUGACCAGUAUAUCCAGUUUCUAUACAGUCAGUUGACAUCAGUGGUCAGUCUUCAGACACUGCUGGUAGAGAGAGAAUCAUCUAGAUAUCAGCAACUGUUUGAUCAGGAAGAUAACAGCUUCUUUGCUGAGAAAUUAUACAAUGCUUUUGACAUCUAUAAAUACCUUAAGAUAUCAGUAAAAAGAUGCCUGAAUGAAAAUAAAACAGAUAUGUUGUCUAAAUUGAGAAAUGAUCUAAGUAUAGAUAAGAUGGUUAAAGAAUUGGAGUAUCUGAUAUCAGUCUUACAAUCUAUACACAAGGGUACAGUAAUCUCUAUAUGUAGUGACAACCUGGUUCUGUCUACUAUAUGUACAUUUUUACUUUCCUGUGAUAUUGUUGCCAUGACAACCAGUAAUCAAACAAUUCAAGAGGGACUAGAAAAUGUAGUUCAGAUAGCUGCUUUUCCUCCAGUCCUACGACAGAAGUUUAAAGAUUGCGAUGUAAACGUGUUUCAUGCCUCUUGAUGAAAACUCUAGUUUAGUUGUACACAAACUGUUAUAUUUACUAUUACCCCUUGCAGUUCAGAAAUCUAUCCUUAUUUCCAUAAUGGAGUGUUACACAUUGAUUGGACAGAUCAGAUACUAAAUAUACAAUGCAUUACUGCUUUAGCUUGUUGUACGAAUCAAGUUAAGAGUUUUGCAACAAUGCUGAAAAUCUUAAUAUGUGCAAUACAUUCUGAUGCAUUUAGAUUUAACACAGAAGAGAGAUCUGUAUGAUAGCUGAGUGGUUAAGGUCUAUAACUGAACCACUUGCCCCACACUGCCUAGGGGUAAAACCCUGUCUUGUACUUUGAAUACUUCAUGUGAGUAAGCUAAUUAACUAGUUCACAAAAGAUCAUGGUUCUACUCAGGCGCCCGCUAAUGCCUGAGAUAAUGGAUAGAUAAAAUCCUCAGGUCUUCCUCCAGCAGGAAAGAAAAUGGCC